AUGCCCACCGAAGUGCAUGAUUGUCAUCAAGACUGGAUCGGAAUGGAGUUUGACAACAUGCUGGCACAGAGUUUCCUCACGGCGGCGGAGAAGAGGGUUCUGCGAACCAGAGUCGGGACCACCUUCGAAGGCUUUUAUCAAGGGCCAUAUUCACUCUCGUCCAUGGAACCAGAUCUUUGCCUCCGCCCCGACACGCAGGCAAAGCCAACGAUAGCCAUCGAAAGUGGAUGGUCCGAAUCUUGGCCCCAUCUGCACAACGACAUGAAGGUAUGGUUGACGGGUGGAGCGCCUGUUGUCCGACUUGUCAUUCUUCUUCGAUGGUACAAGCUAGUUGGCAACCCUAAGCGUGUGAGGGGCGUCGUGGAUGUUUUCGAAAGAAACGCAGCGGGAAUACCAACGUUGAUUCAGAACGAGGGGCAUAGAUAUGACCGACUUCGCGAGAUCAGAAUCCCGACAUUUGAAGAAGAGAGGAAAGAUCUCCUCCCUGACAUUCUAUGUGCCCUGGCAAGAAAGUCCUAUGAGAGAUAUAUCAAAGCACCGGAUAUAAGACCGAUAUAG